AUGGAGGGGAAGGUGCCCCGCAGCCCGGAGCUGUCCGCCGAGAGCCCCUCCUCGGCGGGCUUCAAGACGUAUUCGGCCGCCGCCGCAUCGUCGGCCGGGAGGAUCUCUCUCGUCUCUCGCCAUCUGUCGAGUCCAUCUUCUUAUAACGCCGCCUCUGCUGCUCAAUCUGUUCCGUCGUCUACUCAGAACCGUCGCCUUUCUACAUCCACAGCCACAAUGUCUUCUCAACCUCCUCAUGCCACUCUGCUCAUCCCUGGGCCCAUCGAGUUUGACGAUGCCGUCCUCCAGUCCAUGAGCCACUACAGCGAGAGCCAUGUCGGCCCCGGCUUCGUCAACACCUUCGGCGAGACUCUCUCCAUGACCCGCAAGCUCUUCCAAUCGACCGACCCCGCCGCUCAACCCUACGUCAUCUCCGGCUCCGGCACCCUGGGCUGGGAUCUCGUCGCCGCCAACCUGGUCGAGGCUGGUGAGGACGCCCUCGUCCUGAGCACUGGAUACUUUGGCGAUGGCUUCGCCGACUGCCUGAGGACCUACGGCGCCAACGUCACCAAGCUCGACGGCGAGGUUGGUGGCCGACCUCAGCUCCCCGAGAUCGAGAAGGCCCUGUCCGAGAAGAAGUACAAGAUCGUCACCGUCACCCACGUCGACACCUCGACUGGUGUUCUCAGCGAGCUCAAGAACCUGGCCGCCACUGUCCGCCGUGUCUCCCCCGAGACUCUGGUCAUCGUCGACGGUGUCUGUAGUGUUGCCUGCGAGGAGAUUGCUUUCGACGAGUGGGGUCUGGAUGGUGUCGUUACUGCCAGCCAGAAGGCCAUUGGUGUUCCCGCUGGUCUGUCUAUCUCUUUCUUCAGUGGCCGCGCUGUCGCUGCUGCUCUUGAGAACCGCAAGACUCCUAUCCCCGCCUACUUUGCGUCGUUCAAGAACUGGACUCCUAUCAUGAGAAACUAUGAGGCCAAGAAGCCCUCAUACUUUGCCACUCCCUCUCCUCAGCUCAUUCACGCCCUUCACACUGCCCUUACUCAGAUCCUUGCCAAGCCUUUGGCCGAGCGAUUCCAGGGACACAUCGAGGUGUCGGACAAGGUCAAGAAGGCCGUUGCGGACCUCGGCCUCAAGGUCGUGGCCACCAAGCCUGAGGACCAGGCUCACGCCAUGACCGCCAUCUACCUGCCCGAGGGUGUUGGCGCCCCCGACGUGCUGCCCAAGUUGGCCGGCAAGGGUGUCGUCUUUGCUGGCGGCAUUCACAAGGCCAUCGCCUCCAAGUACAUUCGAUUCGGCCACAUGGGUGUUAGCGCUCUGGACCCCAACCGAAAUGACAUUGACAAGGCGCUCAAUGCCCUGCGGGACAGCCUGUUCGAGGCCGGCUACAAGGCAUAA